AACCACGAAUCGUGAAACGAGGCCAGCCAGCGUAUAUAUCGGGCAAAAACAAUUUAUACCGAUACAAAUUCCCGGCGCAGAUAACGAAGUGCACUCUUGACCCCAAUAAAAAAAAAAGAUGAUACGCCGUCACGGCUAGAAUCUGUUGGCCUGGCUUCUUCUCUUUCUAGAUCGUCAUUGUCGCCGUUCACAGAACGAUCCCGCUGUUUGUACGAGUUACUUGGACCGUGAACUACACUCUGUUCGUCCGACGGCUUUAUUUCAUUCUAUGGUGGUGAAAAGUUAUGGGGCAACGGGUCUUAUAGUCUUGUGGAGGCUCGCGAGAGAUACGCGGACGGUGUCGACGACUCGGAGAGACCACCCGGGAUACGGUUGUUUCAUAGCUUUCUGAUAUUCCUGAGCGACUUUGCAUACGAGCCAGGAUCUUGGAUUGCAAUCUAAACUCUAGUUCUAAAGAAUUGAGCCGAAUGAUGCCCAAUUGACGAAGAUCGAGCACCGCUAGGAAUGGCCCCAUUCAGUUCCGUCUUCCUGGGCGUCUGGGGAGUCUUCGUGAUCGUUUUGAUACAAGAAUCUAGGCCCGUCAGCUGGGAGGAAUGGUGGACCUAUGAUGGUAUUUCCGGUCCUGGCUUCUGGGGUCUCAUCAAUCCGGAAUGGUGGCUGUGUCACAAGGGCAGACGACAAUCACCGGUGAACCUGGAGCCGUCCAGGUUGCUAUUCGACCCGAAUCUGCAACCCCUGAACCUGGACAAGCACAGGGUUGGAGGAGUGCUCGCUAAUACUGGUCAUAGCGUGGUGUUCGCGGUGGACAACGACACUAGACAUCCGGUUAACAUUUCUGGGGGACCUCUCAGUUAUCGUUAUCAGUUCCAUGAGAUACAUCUGCACUUUGGAUUGGAUGAUCGGACUGGGAGCGAACAUACUGUUGAUGGACACGCGUUUCCGGCUGAGUUGCAGAUAUUCGGGUUCAACUCGCAGCUGUACAACAAUUUCUCGGAUGCGUUGCACAGAGCGCAGGGGAUCGUGGCAGUGUCCCUGCUUCUACAGGUUGGAGAUCAAUCGAACCCCGAGCUACGAAUAUUCACUGAGCAGCUGGAUAAGAUCAGAUACGGAGGCCAAGCGAUGGAGAUUAAGCACUUCACGGUGCGGCAACUCUUGCCGGACACGAAAUAUUACAUGACGUACGACGGCUCCACAACGAUGCCGGCCUGCCACGAGACCACCACGUGGAUCAUCCUGAAUAAGCCGAUAUACAUCACCAAGCAGCAGCUUCUCGCCCUGCGACAAUUGAUGCAAGGGGACAAGGAGCAUCCGAACUCGCCGCUUGGGAAUAAUUUCAGACCCCCGCAGCCUCUUCAUCAUCGUCCCGUUCGAACGAACAUCGACUUUAAUGUUCAGGGACCGAAGAACUGCCCGACGAUGAAUAGGGACAUAUAUUACAAAGCCAAUAGCUGGAAAUAACCCCGUGACGAGCGACGGGGACGAUUCGCAGUUAACUACGCUUUCCCUGGGACGAGCUGGAACUACGCUGUUAAGAGGAUAGGAACCCACUGACAUAUCAAUUAAAAGAUGAAAAAAAAAAAAUGAUAAUAUGAUCGAUUCGAUCGUGCUGAUCGCGGCGUGCGUCUUUGAGAGAAUGUGUGCGAGACCGUGAGUGAAUGACAAGAGACAGGUAAAAAAAAAUACCAGAAGAAGAAAGAUAAAAAAUGCUUCGUUGUAACUAUUAGACGUGAAUUUGCCAAGUAUGUUUCCAGUAACGUGAACAAAAAUGACCCAGACACAGACAUACAACAGACACAGAAGAUAUACCUAUAUAUAUACAUAUAUAUAGAGUAACAAUUUAGCGGAGAUAAGGUAAACGUAAGAUUAAACGCAAGAUAUAUUAUUAUACGUAUAUCGAUCAACUAUCGAAGAAAGCUAUGACUAUCGUGGCCUGCGUCCAAUGGGGGUCGUCGGUGUUGCUACCGAGGGGGUGGGUUUCGGGAGAUAUAAAUGAAUGGCGGUAAAGAGCGACGCGAGAUUCUAUAUGUAUAAAAAAAAAAACAUAAUGAACAAGAUUCAUGCGUGAUGGAACCACGCUACACACCCGAGUCACACAUACAUAUCUACAUGAAUACAGAUACAUGUUUACAUCCACAUGCAUACGUAUAUACACGUACACACUAUCGAGCGAAAGUUUAUACUAUAUUCUUGUAAUAAAAUGCUGAAAACGUAGAAGCAAGUGGCAAAAUCGAAAUCCCUAUUUUCUGUACCAUAGGACACGUCCCAUUAUC